GGCCUAGGCGGAAGAGUUCGCGUAUUAGGUUGAUUAUUAGUCCGUUUGCUUUGCAGUUUCCUUGUUCUCCUUAUCGAGAGCUGCAGUAGCUGCAGGGGCGGCGACAGCUCCGGAGGAACGACGCAGGUCGUGAUGGCGGUACAGGCGGCGCACCUGGAAGCGGACGCCUUCUUGGUCUGCCUGAACCAUGCGUUGAGUACCGAGAAGGAGGAAGUCAUGGGCCUUUGCAUUGGGGAGGUUGACACUAGCCGAAUUGUUCACAUUCACUCUGUAAUCAUCCUACGCCGGUCAGAUAAAAGAAAGGAUCGUGUGGAGAUUUCUCCUGAGCAGCUCUCAGCUGCUUCAACAGAAGCAGAAAGAUUGGCUGAGUUAACAGGGCGGCCCAUGAGAGUGGUGGGCUGGUAUCAUUCCCAUCCUCACAUAACAGUUUGGCCAUCUCAUGUAGAUGUCCGCACGCAAGCAAUUUAUCAGAUGAUGGACCAAGGGUUUGUGGGACUUAUCUUCUCCUGUUUCAUUGAAGAUAAAAACACGAAGACAGGCCGGAUUCUUUAUACCUGUUUCCAGUCCAUUCAAGCUCAAAAGAGCUCAGAGUAUGAAAGAAUUGAGAUUCCUAUUCAUGUUGUUCCUCACAACACCAUUGGAAAAGUAUGUCUUGAAUCAGCUGUGGAGUUGCCCAAGAUCUUGUGCCAAGAGGAGCAAGAUGCUUACAGGAAAAUCCACAGCCUUACUCAUCUGGACUCUAUAACGAAGAUUCACAAUGGCUCAGUGUUCACAAAGAACCUCUGCAGUCAGAUGUCUGCCAUCAGUGGCCCUCUGCUGCAGUGGCUGGAAGACCGCCUGGAGCAGAACAAGCAGCGGAUGCAGGAACUGCAGCGCGAGAAAGAGGAGCUCCUGGAGGAACUGGCUGCCUUGGAGUGACGAGAACGAAGGCCACGUAGCCUUGAAGACGAAGCAGCCGUCCUCCUUGCUGCUUCUCUCGCCUCCCUUCUCAUUGUGCAGUGAAGGCUGCCCCAAGUGGGAAGGGAUCUGCACUCAGACAAAGCGGCGCCUUGAGAGGACGGACACUGGAGGAUGCAUGUCAAUUGGGCAGACGAUGCACCUCAUUUUUCACACCACAAGCCUCAGAGCUAAUUGCACGUGUGCUGUGGGGGUGUUGUGUAGGUACAGCAGUCCUGGUCUUUUACAUGCACUCGGUAACAACUAACUGCCAGUGUUUCUCUCUGAAUUGCCCCAUUGAUGGGCUGCAGAUACGCACAUUUUCUCUCAUGUGUUGACUGAAGGAUAUUAUCUUUGUUCCUAUUAUGCUUCCAAGAAACAGCUGGAUCCAGUUGGUGAUACUAGCAGGGCAAGAAUUGUGUAUGUUUUCUGUCUUGUCUAUCUUUCAAACUGAAUAAAAGUCAGAGGGAAGAGAAGAUGACAGAACUGUA